AACGGCCAAUUCGCUAGACUUGAGCAAGCCACACGCCUAGCCUUAGCUAGCUAGCUUACUCCACACUGUGUCCACACCCACCGCACUUCACCAACUAUGGCGAUGGCGAGCAGCAGCAACGGUGCCGGCACGGUGGUUCUGGCCUUCGUGACCGUCGCCGUGCUGGUCUCCCCGGCCCUGUCCGCCCCUCUGGACGGCGCCGGCUUCCACUCGGCGACGUGCCCGCAGCUGGAGAGCAUCGUGCUGUCCUCCGUGCAGGCGGCGCUCCAGCGCGAGGUGGCGCUCGCCGCCGGCCUCCUCCGCAUCUUCUUCCACGACUGCUUUCCGCAGGGCUGCGACGCGUCCGUGUACCUCAAGGGCAGCGGCACGGAGCAGGCCAUGCUGCCCAACGCCACGCUGCAGCCGCGGGCGCUGCAGCUGGUCGAGGACAUCCGCGCCAAGGUGCACGCGGCGUGCGGCGCCACCGUGUCCUGCGCAGACAUCUCGGCGCUCGCCACCCGCGACGCCGUCGUGCUCUCCGGCGGGCCCAACUACACCGUGCCCCAGGGCCAGUUCGACAGCCUCGCCCCGGCGUCACAGAACGCCGUCAACGCCCUCCCGUCGCCGGCCACCUUCAGCGUCUCCGCCCUCGCGCGCGCUUUCAGCGCCAAGGGCCUCCGCGACCUGGCCGACCUGGUGGCGCUCUCCGGCGCCCACACCGUCGGCAGGACGGGCUGCCAGUUCUUCCGCGACCGGGCUCAGCGCAUGGACGACGCCUUCUCCCGGAGGCUGGCGGCCAACUGCAGCGCGGCCCCGAGCCGGCUGCAGAACCUGGACGUGGUGACGCCGGAUCUGUUCGACAACGGCUACUACAAGGCGCUGGUGAACAGCCAGGGCGUGUUCACCUCCGACAUGGCGCUCAUCAAGGACCGCACCACGGCACCCAUCGUCAGGCAGUUCGCGCAGAGCAAGGACGCCUUCUUCGCGCAGUUCGCCAAGUCCAUGGCCAAGCUCGCCGCCGCGCCGAGGCCCGGCGGGAACGUGGGCGAGAUCCGCCGCAGCUGCUUCAGCCCCAACGCCCCGCGCGCCAUCGACACCGUCGUCGACGCCGGUGACGAGGAGGGAUUCGCUGCUUCUGUCUGAUCCGUCGAUUAGUGUGUGUGCGUUUGCUGGCCGUCCGCUAGAUAGCAUGCACGUGCAUGGCUUCGUGUAUCUCAGCUGUUAAUCUCUGCUCGCGUGUGUUGUUGCUGCUUUGGCUCUGUAGUGUGUAAUAAGAGACUUCAUCAGUAGUCGCUCAGUCACUGAGUGCUUGCUUGCUCAAGGUCAACAUUUCAAUGAAAUUUCACCCGACGAGUGCCGAAA